CGUCACAACCGACAUCAGAAGAUUCAUGCCGCGGGCGUUUCCGGCGCGCGCUGGCGCAGGGCGACUACACUACCCUUUAGGCUCCCCUCCCCCAGCACUGCCGCCAUCCAUGCACACAUAAAGCUGUCAACCCCCCAGAAGCGAACUCGAGUGGUAAUAGCUCAGAUUCAGACGAAGUAAUCCGUACAUCAACACCAAAAGCAUACAACAUGUGGGGAAGAAGCCAGGACAAGACACCGGAACAACCGAAAGAGUCGCCAAAGGAAGAUGGCGCCAAGACGUUCGACCCCAACAAGCUGCCGGCACGCGAGAAGCUGCCAGCGGCGCUGCAGAAGAUAGUCGACAAGUCAGACAGAGAGGAUAACUUCUUCGACGAGCUGGUGGACGGGUAUGCGCCUGAGUCCACCGAAUCCAACGUCCGUUAUGCCGCCUACGUGACGCGCAUCCGCACCAUCAUGAUGUCCGCCCAUCGAUACGUCGCCUACACCUCUGAUAUUGGCGAAUCCUUCCGGCCCGUCGCGCAUCCCGGUCUCGUCCGCACCGCCUACGGAAUCUCGUGGCUCUACAUCCUCGGCGAUGUCAGUUACGAGGGCUACAAGGCGUACUGGGCUAACCAGCGCGUCCUCAACCCGCACCUCCAGCUUACGGCACGGCAAGCAAAGAUCACGGGACUGCCGGAUGCCGUGUCAGAUGCGACGCACCCCAGCGAAGUGGUUCCGGGUGGCAAGGUUGCGCCGCUGGACGACUACAGGACUGUCAUGAUCCAGCGAGGCAUCUUCCAGAGCAUUGCCAGUAUGGGUCUCCCUGCUUUCACCAUCCACAGCGUUGUGAGGUACUCUGGCCGAGCCCUCAAGAACGCAAAGAACCCGAAAAUUAGAACCUGGGGCCCCAUUGGUCUAGGUCUUGCCGUCGUACCCUUCCUGCCCAGCCUCUUCGACGAGCCGGUCGAGAACGCCGUGGAGUGGAUCUUCCACAAGGGCUUCGAGUCGUACGGUGGCAAGGAGUUUGUUGGCAAUGCACCAGCCACCGGUCGUGAAGACCUAUUGGCGAAGAGACCAAAGGAAAAGGAAUUGUAGGCGUGGCGUUUAGGAUGAUUUUGAUCACAACUCAAUCGGAUUUGGCUCGGCGCAUGAAGGAAAUCUCCAAUUCACGGAGUUUGGCACUGAAGGGAAGCGAUUGGCACGGCCUUUGAUUUGGCGGCGUGUGGUGUGUAAUUGAGGGUAUAUACGGAAAAUGCCACUAUGAACAUAUUCAUCAAGUCAUCAUCAUUCGCUAAACCUCCAUGAGAUCAGGCGGCGGCCCAACACCGCGGAGCAAUACGACAGUGUUGCCGCUGACAAGCGAAGCUCCAACCUUUUCGUUGAAUUCUAGAAGUCGCCCUCCCUCCACGUGAAACACCCGUAGCUUAUCUUGCUCAUUCGAUGAUCGGUUGUUGAGGUUCUCCACCUGUAAUCGUUUCGCAGCUUCGUCCAGUACCCUGCCCACCACCCAGUCUUUGGAGAAGAAGAAUUCGCCCUUGGGGAACUUUGCUUUUGCGGUUGCGGCUUCUGCUUCAACGUAUAGGUAGACUCUCUUCUCUUGCGCCAGCUUAUCGUCGCCCUUUGCCGUCUUCUUGAGGUUGUUCACAGCGAUCAGGCGCGCAGAUGCGGAUGUAGGUUUCGGUUUGGGUAGUGCUCUGCCAGCUUGUUCCUUCUUUGCAGAUCCCCAUGCCUUUAACUUGUCGAAUGCGCUCUUCGUCCGCGCCGCGACGUCGAUUUGUGAUCCUGGCCGCGCGCCGAGCGGAACAAGGUUCUUGCAAUCGUGGUCCUCUUUCAGGCGGUGCUUGAGACAGUAGUCGCGAUUGCAGCCCGGGCAGUGGACGCCGGUCACGAGCGAGGUGCCGAUGGUGGUCUUGCAGGUCGGUGAUGCACAGGGCUUCUGGGUGACGGUGUCGCGCAGUUGGCGGCCUUGGCCGUAGGAGGGUUUCGCGAGCUCCGCCUUUCGCCGGCGUUCGGCCCAGGCGCCGGCGUUGGCGCACUUGUGUGUGGUUUCGGAUCGGUGGUCGAGGCAAAAUGUGUGUUUGCAGCUCUGGCAGAAGAAGGGGAGGAAGUCGAGCUGGUUGCAGUACUCGUAUUCGCAGUGUUUGCCGACGAGGGUCUCGUCGAAGCCGUCUUUGGAUUCGUCCAUCUUGACGUAGCUCGUCUCUUCGGGGGUGGAUGAGGAUGCCAUUGCGAUGACGUGUUUGUCGUCUCCGUCUGUUUAUCUAUAAUACUGAACAGUCUUCGGAGAUUUGUUGAGCUUGCGUAGACCUCAAGGUGGGCGCAGUGGGUGGCACGAGGCUGAGAGUGGCAGUAUCGGAGAUGGCGAUGUCGGGUUGAUGAGAAAUAGCGGCGGAAGGGUCUGGAAGGCGCCAGUUGGCGGGUUUCGCUCAGUUAAGUUGACUCAGUCCACGGGUCGCUGUCAGCGGGGCAACCGCUGAGAGUUGGCGCCAAGUACAGCGUGUGCGUGGCCAUUGGCAGCCUGAAAGGGUAAGAUCCAUAAUGGGCCAUGGCUCACUAACCAAAGUCGCAACUUUACCAUGAUGUGAGCUAAUUUGACAUACCGAAUCACAAAGUCAAUGAAGCUUCCGCAAUGUGCCGAGGGAAGUCAAAUGUCUCUGUGGAUAUUGGUCAUCCAAACUGCUCUCCUUGAGAGACAUGGAAAUAACGGCGAAG